AUUUGAAGUUUCCAUUCCACCACAGUUUUGCAAGUCACAGACUCACAGUACAAACUUGAUCUCCUUGCGGUUGUGGACAGAAGUACCAUGGAAGUUCUCUCUAUCGGAGCUUCUUAUUCUUCUUUGUCUUCCUUUCAGUUCAAAAUGGUCCCAACAAGAGUUGUCACGACCCAACUCCACAAACCCACGAAGAAUCUUCGAUUCUACCAACGACCCACUUCAUCUUUCUCAUCGAACCACAAGGACAAAGUCGAAUUCAAGCUUUUCACAGCUACGUCUCCCACAGUUUCGACUGAAUUCACCGACCCACAUGAACAAGAAGUAGAAAUUCAGAGCCAAGAAGAGAAAUUCGAUUGGUAUGCGCAGUGGUAUCCGGUUAUGCCGGUCUGCGACCUCGACAAGAGGGCCCCACAUGCAAAGAAAGUUAUUGGGCUUGAUAUUGUGGUUUGGUGGGAUAGGAAUGAAAGUUCAUGGAAGGUGUUUGAUGAUAGUUGCCCCCACAGGUUGGCUCCAUUAUCUGAAGGAAGGAUUGAUCAAUGGGGAAGGUUGCAGUGUGUGUACCAUGGUUGGUGUUUCAGUGGCUCUGGUGACUGCAAACUCAUUCCCCAGUUACCCCCAGAUGGUCCUCCGGUUCACACAUUCAAGAAAGCAUGUGUAGCAGUUUAUCCAAGCACAACGCAAAAUGGCAUUGUCUGGUUUUGGCCAAAUGCAGAUCCACAAUACAAAGACAUCCUUGACAGGAAAAAACCCCCCUACAUACCAGAAUUGGAUGACCCUUCAUAUACGAAGAUGAUGGGGAAUAGAGAUAUGCCAUAUGGGUAUGAGGUUCUGAUUGAAAAUCUUAUGGACCCUGCUCAUGUUCCAUAUGCACAUCAUGGUAUACUGCAAAUUCCAAAACGAAAAAAAAGUGAUAAGGUUGAUAGAGAAGGGGGUCGCCCUCUUGAAUUGACCAUACAGAAACUUGACAUCAAUGGUUUUACAGCAAAGCAAGAAUGGGCCAAUAGCAAAUUUUUCGCACCUUGUGUUUUUUAUGCUUUUCCUCCUCUUGCAACUGAUCAAAGUAAUGGAUCUGUGUCAUCUGCUGGAACCAUAGAGGAACGACCAGUAUUUACACCGCAACGAAGAGCUGUCCAAAUUUUUAUCUGCAUUCCUGUUAGUCCGGGUAAUAGCAGAUUGAUCUGGACCUUUCCGAAAAACUUUGGACACUGGAUUGAUCGAAUUGUUCCCCGAUGGAUAUUUCACAUGGCUCUAAACUUAGUUUUCGAUUCAGAUUUAUAUCUUCUUCAUGUGGAGGAAAGAAAGAUAAAGGAUAUUGGCCCUCAAAACUGGCAAAAAGCUUGUUUCUUACCGACAAAAUCAGAUUCCGUAGUUGUAGGUUUCAGAAGGUGGUUAAACAAGUAUUCGGAUGGUCUAGUUGGUUGGCGGAACUUCAGUGGAGUCCUUCCCCCUACUCCUCCCAGACAACAGCUCAUGGACAGAUACUGGUCACACGUGAUGAACUGCAGCAGUUGCAAGAUGGCACACAGAGGGCUGAGCGCCUUGGAGAUAGUAUUGCAGGUCGGGGCCAUUGUUGCAAUAGGGGUUGUUGCUGCAGCGAAGCAGGGGACGCUAUCAGCUGCCGCAAGAAAUACUGUGGUUGCUUCAUCUGUGAUCUGUUUUGUGGCCUCAAGAUGGUUAUCUCACUUUGUGAAGAAAAUUUUCCAUUUCCACGACUAUAGCCAUGCCUUCCGCUAAUCCUAUUUUUCACUUGCAUACACAGUUAUUGUAUAUACAUUAAAUCAUUCGUAUAUGUGUAACCAUAAAUAAGAUCAAUUGCAUUAGUCUGUUUU